GUCGGCCAAAGAGGUUAUUUAUUAUUAUGAACCCCUAUAGUGGAAAGAAAUACGCAAGAAGUAUCUUCCGCACCAAGAUUAGGCCCCUACUCUUAGCUGCUAAUAUCAUCUAUACUUUACACGAGACUGAGCAUAAGCUUCAUGCCCAAGAACUAGCUUAUAAGUUGGAUUUGUCAAAGUACGAUGGAAUUGUUUGUGUCAGUGGAGAUGGUGUUCUCUUGGAGGUGGUAAAUGGUUUACUUCAAAGAGAAGACUGGGUCACUGCAAUCAAGCUACCUCUUGGAAUCAUUCCUGCAGGGACUGGAAAUGGGCUGGCAAAAUCAAUUUUGGGUGCAGCUGGAGAGCAUUAUUCAAUAGAGAAUGCUACUUUUGUUGUUAUAAGAGGACAUAAAAGAGCACUAGAUGUUACAACAGUAUUGCAAGGGAAAACAAAGUUUUUUAGCACCUUAAUGCUUUCAUGGGGCUUAAUAGCUGAUAUUGACAUUGAGUCUGAGAAAUACAGAUGGAUGGGGAGCACUCGCCUUGAUUUCUAUAGAUGUCUCUCUUAGACUAUAAAGAGUGCCCCACUCUCUUAAGAUGGGGGGAUUCGAUCUUGAGAGCUAGAAGAAGACUAAAGCUUGGUGGAGUUGAAGUCUAGCAUCGCUUCUGCACCGUAGGUUAGAGAAAUACUUCCCAAUUUUGUAGCUAUUGAUCACUGUUGACAAUCACCUGCCUGCUAUUGUU